GGCCGGACAUGGGAAUUGGACUCCGGGAGUCGCUGCCCCGUGGCCUGCCGGUACCUGCGGGGGAAAGUCCCUUCUGCCUGUGAACCUUUCGAGCUCCUCAUCCUGGGCUCUCGCCAUGAACACUAUGAAAACCACCUACAUCGUGCUGGAGCUCAUCAUCGCCGUGCUGUCCAUCGCUGGCAACGUCCUGGUGUGCUGGGCCGUGGCCAUCAACAGCACCUUGAAGAACGCGACCAACUAUUUCCUUGUGUCUCUGGCGGUGGCUGACAUCGCCGUGGGUUUGCUGGCCAUCCCCUUCGCCAUCACCAUCAGCAUCGGCUUCCAGGUGGAUUUUCACAGCUGCCUCUUCUUCGCCUGCUUUGUGCUGGUGCUGACCCAAAGCUCCAUCUUCAGCCUGCUGGCGGUGGCCAUCGACCGGUACCUGGCCAUCAAGAUCCCCCUGAGGUACAACAGCCUGGUGACCGGCACGCGGGCGCGAGGACUCAUUGCUGUGCUGUGGCUCCUGUCCUUCGUGAUCGGGCUGACCCCACUUAUGGGCUGGAACAAAGCCAUGAGUGGUUGUCCCAACUCCACCAACGAGACAGGGGCUGACCGCGGGGCAGGGCACCACGGCUGCUCCAUCUCGUGUCUCUUUGAGAAUGUGGUGACUAUGAGCUACAUGGUGUACUUCAACUUCUUCGGCUGCGUGCUGCUUCCGCUCAUCAUCAUGCUGGGAAUCUACAUCAAGAUCUUCAUGGUAGCCUGCAAGCAGCUGCAUCAGAUUGAGCUGAUGGGCAACUCCAGGACCACACUGCAGAAGGAGGUCCAUGCAGCCAAGUCUCUGGCCAUCAUCGUAGGACUUUUUGCCUUCUGUUGGCUGCCUCUGCAUAUCUUGAACUGCAUCACUCAUUUCCAUGAGGAGUUCUCCAAGUCCAAGCCAGAGUGGGUAAUGUAUAUGGCCAUCAUCCUCUCACAUGCCAACUCGGUCAUCAACCCCAUCAUCUACGCCUACAGGAUCAGGGACUUCCGCUACACCUUCCGCAAGAUCAUUUCCAAGAUCCUCUGCAAGACGGACGACUUCCCCAAGUGCACCACUGACAACAACCAGCACCUGACCGUCACCAACGUGAACGCUCCGGCCGCCUCGGUGACCAUAUGACCUCGCACGUCCCGCUCCCAGCCUGUCCCCAACGCUACCCCUCCCUGUGCCUAAUGGAACAGUUACAGCCGGCUCCAAUGGGAGUGCUCCGAAAUGACCACUAUGCAGUUCUGCAGCUGUAUUUUUAUGUUUGUAAUUAACGUAGUGCCUCCUAGGGGGAUAACCUGACCAGGGAGACUGAGUGCAGUUCACCCUCUACUGUUAACCAGGUUGCGUGAGCGCUGGUGACCGUGCUGUAGUUCCUUGCCAGGUCAGGUGCUGAGUGUGGAAGUCCCACCUGCUGGGGGUGUUUCCCCAGUUGUGCUGCUCAUGUCAAGUCCUCGGAUCUUUAUUUUAAUUAAUGUUAUUAUUUUUUAAUCUCUUGAUUGAUAGGAGUUAUAAUUUAGUGUCUGGGUUUUUUUGGGUUGUUCGUACUUGACAGCACUUUGGUAAUACCCUAAUUAUUCCAUCAAUUGUUUGAUGCAGCUAGUAUUCUCUGAUGGGAAAAAGUCUUAGCCCAGUUGCUGGUGUGAAACCGGAUCUGUGUUCCAGGCUCUGAGGGACAUGACUGUUCUGAUGGCAAACAGAUCACACCUGGCCAUAUUUUUGGCCUCAGAAUGAGAGCCCUACUUACUAAAACAGAGAACUUUAGGGAAAGGGCUGAGUGAAGUUUUAGAACAGCAGUUUUAUUGCCUUUAAAUCACUUUGUUUUAUAGUACAUACUAACUUGUGCAGCUGAACGCAUCAGGUUUGAUUUCUUGUUAUUGAAAUGCAGAAGGCAGAUGUGCCCCAGCAGUCAUGGCUGGUCUGCUCUGAAGCCACCGAGGGCCAUGGAAACAUUCCCUUGGUGACAGGACCUUUUUUAUUUCCUUUCAGUUACUUCAAGUGCUCACCUUGCCCAGAGGCCAGUUUGCUGGAAGUGGUGGAUUCAGCUCCUGUAAGGCAGCUGAACCAUCAAAGCCAGCCACAAAGCUUGGUGAAGCACCAGUGAGCUCUGACGGGGUCUGUGCAAUGCCCACAUUUGGCUCUGUUUCUUGGCACUUCAAAGAUGAAUCUAAACAGUUAAAGCUAGUCUGAAGGAUUUCUUUUUUACUAUCUCCAUUCAGCUUUGCUGCAUCUGCCUUGGUCAUGAUCCAGCUAACACAUGUAGCCACCUCCUGCCAUUUAGGCAGACUUGGGCUCUCCUUUUAGUCCUUCCCUUCACUAUUAUCUUUGGCUGUGUUCCUUCCGUUAAUCAUGGCUAGAAACAAGUAGAGUUUCACCUGCAUAUCUGGCAGAGUUGCAAAGUGGUUGCAAGCCACAUUUAUCCUUACAACAAAGAUUUCAAUCCCUCGCCUCAUGCAGGCUGAAAAUGAACCAAAUUCUUAACAGCACAGAGCAGAGACAGAGCCAGUCCCAGGACACUACCUGAGGGUGACAGCAUUGCAGAGUGGCACUCACUACUGCUACCUUUCAUAUGCCACUUAUGAGCCAGAAGUCCAUAGACAGACAGGUUGUUCCCUUUGUGUGAAUGUGCUACCAAGUUAUUAGCCGUUGUUAACUAGGACCUGGGUCACCAUGGCAUUUAGGCACACGAAGUGCCUUCCUGGAUCUGAGCCAAAGUCAUUUCAAGGAAAAAUAAAAACAAGACACCCUCUCACCCCUCCUCAAAAAAAGCUCUGAACGUUACUAUAAAAAUGUGAAGUGAAAAUAGCAGAGGACCUUUCUGUAGAGUGUAGCUGUGGACCCUCAGCUAUCACUCUUUACUGCUCUGAUGUACAUAGGAUGGAUGUGUUUUCCUCAUGUUGCUCGGAUUUUGUAUUUGCCGUAACUUUGUUAUUUACAUACAGAAUGCUUAAUCUACCACCUACACAACCUGGCUCAGCCUGUGUGCAGUCAUUUUGUGCAGUGUUGUGUUCACAUGGUGUGUCACACAAAUCCACACUGUACCUGGAGAGGAGGCCAACCUCAGAGCAGGACCAGGAGUCACAGAGCUGGUUCCUGAGAG